GUCUAAUUAUUUUGUUAUGUUGAAAGGUGUUUUGUUGCGAUGCAUUCCCAACGAACUGCGAGUCGAUUUCCAUCGCUACUACGAGGACUCAAACAUAAAUUCUCAUCGCUCGGAUAACGAAGAUGAUGCAGCCAGUGUUUCUUCCGCCUCAGAAAAUUCUUCGAAAACGAUUGGUGACAUACAGUAGCACAAAUCAUGAUGCCAAGGAUUGUUCCUGCACAAAAAGUAUUCCUGAAAAGAAAAAAAUGCUUGUUGCUGAGGGAAGGUGCUUUCGAUGCUGCAAAAAAGGUCACAACUCGAGGAUGUGCAGAGUAAAAGGAAUUACUUGCAAAACGUGUAAUGGACAUCAUGCUACCAGUAUGUGCGACCCUUCUUAUUGUCCAAAAAAUAAUAUAAAAUCUGUGAGUAUAAACAACGAUUCUGCCAUUAACCUGUACACAUCUGAUCGAUUGCAAAAAGGUGUUACAUAUUUACAAACAGCAUGUGCUUAUGCAAGUAGUGAAAGUUCUACCUUUUCUAUGUUCGUUCGCAUUGUCAUGGAUGGAGGAAGCCAGCUCUCGUUUAUUAAGUCAACGCUGGCACGUCGUUUGAAUUUACCAAUUGUGGGAGAGCAUAAUUUGAGCGUGAUAACCUUCGGAAGUGAAAAACCAAAGCCAAGCAAGAUCUGUAACAGAGUUCGGUUAGUACUUCGUAGCCAAUUUGAUGAUCAAGCCGUAGUGAUAGAUGCGAUUGAGGUUCCAGCUAUUUGUUUCGAUGGGCUAUCUGAGCCCACAAACGAUCGAAUUAUUUCAACAGUAAAGCUGACUUUAGCUGAUAAUCGUGCUCAUGGACCAACACUAGAAGAUGGGAUUAGCGUGCUCAUUGGUGCCGAUGCUUAUUGGCAGUUCGCAACAGGUGAACACAAGCGUCUCACAGAGAGGUUAACAGCAAUAAACACCAUUUUGGGUUGGACUAUUCAAGGACCAUCGACCACAGAACAAAAAUUAUCCGAUUCCACCUGUGCAACGUCACUUAACAUAUGUGCCUGUGAAGAUAUACAACGAUUGUGGCGGCUUGACGGUUUGGGAAUACUAUCAGAAGAUAAAAAAGAGGUAAGUGGCGAUGUUUCCUUACAUAUUAGUAGAAAAGGUGACAGGUUUGAAGCAUCUCUUCCGUGGAAAGCCAUUUCUACUCCCCUGCACAACAACAGAACGGGUGCUUUCAUACGGAUGCAAUCACUAGUGCUAAAACUUUGUGCAUCUGGAAAAAUUAUUGAUUACGAUGAAGCUAUGAACGAGAUGAUAUCAGCUGGCAUUGCAGAGCGGGUGUCUGAAGAUGUGGUUGGUGACGUUUUGUAUUAUUUACCACACCGUCCGGUGUACAGAGAAGAUAAAGAAACAACAAAACUUCGUAUUGUUUUUGAUGCUUCCGCCCACGCUCCAAAUUAUUUAUCGCUAAAUGACGUUUUGGAAGUAGGAGAGAACUUUUUAACUGAUCUUUUGCUCAUUCUUUUAAAUUUCCGAGUUGGAAAAGUUGGUCUCAUUUCAGAUAUUGAAAAGGCGUUUUUACAAAUAAUGCUGAAACCAUCAGAUAGAGACAGUCACCGCUUCCUCUGGUUUGCCGAAAAGAUUGUAAAUGAGAAAAUAUUGCCUGCAGUAAUCACCUACCGAAUGACGCGACUAUCAUUUGGCGUAAAAAGCAGCCCUUACAUUCUGGGUGGGAUGAUUCAAGAACUAAUCAAAGAAGCUUUGUUGAAAUUUCAAGAUCAAUGUGCGUCUGCAAAUGGAAGUGACGAAGAGAUGGAACGUUAUCGAUUCAUUUGCGAGCUUUUGAAAAAAAGUUUUUAUAUGGACGAUUUUGUCGCAUCUAUGGAUGAUAAAAUUGUUGCUACACAAGUUUAUCGGGAAGCCAAUGGAAUUUUUGAAAGUGCGUCCAUGAAGUUACGUAAGUGGAAUUCUAAUAACGCUUGCGUGCGGAAUGGUUUUUCCGAAGACGAACAAUUAUCUGCUUCUCCAAAGGUGCUAGGCUUGCGAUGGGUUAUAGCAACGGACGAACUUCAAGUAGAUCUUAACUCAGUGCUGAGUUUAUUGAAUUCUGUGUCCGUGCAAGGAACCAAACGCAGUGUGUUACGAAUCAUGGCAAAAAUAUUCGACCCCUUUGGUGUGCUCUCUCCAUGGACUGUUCGACUCAAAAUUCUUUUUCAAAAUAUUUGGCGCAAAAAACUAAAUUGGGACGAGGAACUUUCAUCAGACUUACAAUGCAUUUGGGAGACCUGUCGGAACGAGAUAAACGAACUUAACGAAAUAGGUAUUCCAAGGCACUUGUCCACGAGCAGAGAGGGAUCAACACAAGUACACGUUUUUGCUGACGCAAGUCAGCAUGCAUUUGGAGCUGUAGCUUACGCGAGGACAGUGCAAUGUGACGGUCAAAUUACUGUUAGAUUUAUUUGCUCGAAGAACAGAGUUGCUCCUUUCAAGAACGAUGGUCAAAACGAACUCACUAUACCGAAAUUAGAACUAAUGGCUGCGUUGGUUGCUGCUCGGCUGCACGCUUACUUGAAGGAAAACUUACGCAUUACUAUUUCUGAUACUUUUUUAUGGAGCGAUUCUCAAAUUGUUCUUUAUUGGAUCAUGGGUUCAAAUAAACGUUGGAAGCCGUAUGUAGAAAAUCGCGUUAAGGAAAUAAAAGCUUUGUCAAAAUUGUCAUCAUGGAGACAUUGCCCUGGUGUGGAAAACCCUGCGGACCUGCUCACAAGAGGUAUUAGUGCAUCAUCUCUCAUACGGUCUUCUGUUUGGUUCAACGGCCCACCUUGGCUAAUGGAGGAUAAGUCUGUCUGGCCAUGUACUCCUAUUGCUGAUACAAUUGCUGUAUGUGGUCUCUCUUUGCAUGCAGAUGAUGAAAAUGAAAACGCAGCAGUUGUAAAGUUACAGUUUGCCGAACCAGUUAUGAAUGCUAAGGAAUUUAAUUUAGAAAGCGGGAAUUUGAUUUUAUUUCCGCUGAAGAUAUCGCCAACGCUGAAAGUUACUGGAUCCAUCAAGCACCAGCACUUUCGUAACGAGAUUUCAUCUCUUCAAGCAAAAAAGGAUGAUGCCGACAAUUUUUUGAGAGUUGGUGGUCGUCUCCAAGAGGUUGAAGCUAAUCAAAACCUAGCUCACCCUAUCAUCUUGCCGAAGUCAUCUCAUAUAACUAAACUUAUAGUGAUUGAUCUUCAUGCAAGAAUCUUUCAUGGUGGUACCUCAGCAGUUCUUUCAAACUUACGCUCAAAAUACUGGAUUAUAAGAGGAAGACAACUUGUGAAAAAUAUAAUCAAAAAUUGCUUCGUUUGUAAGAUGCUUCGAGGUCAAGCAGCUUCGCAACCUUUUGCUCCACUUCCAAAAGAUAGAAUGCUGUCAGCCAAAGCAUUUGAUGUGACAGGAAUUGACUUCGCCGGUCCUUUGUAUGUUCUGGAUGUAUCUGGUCAGCGAAAAAAGUUUUACAUAUUUUUAUUCACUUGUGCAGCAGUUUGUGCUGUGCACCUAGAAUACACAAACGAUCUUACUACAGAGAGUUGUAUUCUUGCUAUAAGACGAUUCAUUGCUCGGCGAGGAGCUCCUCGCAUAAUUUAUUCAGACAACGCUACAACCUUUAAGAAGGCUUCUUCUGAAUUUAAACAACUAAGUAACGUACGAACUAGUGAACGCUUUCUGGGUUUUUUGAGUGACGCUCAAAUAAGAUGGAAGUUCAUUGUUGAACGAGCGCCAUGGUGGGGUGGCUUUUGGGAGCGACUAGUAGGUGUGGUCAAAACGGUUCUUAGGGGAGCUGUAAGACGAUCCACCCUAAACAACGAUCAGCUGCAUACAUUGCUCACGGAAGUUGAGUGUGUAGUGAAUUCGAGGCCUUUAACGUACAUGGGGGAUGACCCAUUAGACCUCGCACCAUUAACUCCUGCGAAUUUUCUCAAUGGUGGCGACAGCGGAUGUAGGCCUUCAGAAGAAAUAACUUGCAAAAAUCGAACUGGUGAUGGACUACGAAAGCAGUGGAAAGAGCGUCUACUUUUCUUAGCUGCUUUUAAAAGACGUUGGUUUAAAGAAUAUCUUUUGCAAUUGAGAACGUUGCAUCAUGCUAAAAAUUGCGCGAAUUCCAGCUUGCAAGUUGGAGAUGUGGUACUGGUGGAAGAUUCAUCGUUGCCUCGACCUCUUUGGCAUUUGGCUGUUAUACAAACAGUUUUUCCCGGACGAGAUGGUAAAAUUCGAGCUUGUGAGAUAAGACUUUCCAGCGGUUCUAUUUUACGAAGGCCAAUACAACUUUUGUACCCGUUAGAAAUUUCUAAUUCAUCCUGGCGGGAGGAUGUCAAAAAUCUUUAA